AUGAGUUCCAAGUAUGAUCGCGUUAAGAUAAAAGUGCACCUUGGUGGCGAGCACUACUACAUACUGUCACGCUUCCUUCUCUCGAAGAUGCUGACAUUCUGUAAACUUCCAACAACCGCGGCCGCGCGUGUGAGCUUGGCGCUCAAGAAAUUCUUUGUCGAUCAAGAGAAACUUGAAAUAACGCAGGCGGAACUGGAGACUGCUACAUUCUGCACGAUGGCGCAGUACGGGUACGGUGAGGCGCAUGCGCGACUCUUUCCACUGAUGACGCGCUUCUACAUUGAGCGAGUUCCCCUCGUUAUCCUCAUCGCUGGGAGCGGUUGUUGUGGCAAGACCGCCAUUGCGCAUAGCCUCAGCUCUAAGCUCAACACCCACAAUGUUGUUAGCACGGAUGUGUUGCUCGAUAUUCUCACUGCGAUCCACAAUAAUUUUCCCACAGCGAGCACCACAGGUGAUGGGGAAUUUGACUUUGGUCGCACGUGGCCACAACCAGACGAGCGGGCGCUGUGGCUUCGUGAGACGGAAACGGAGGAAGAGUUCAUUUGCCUCUGGCGUGCGUGGGCGGAGGCUCUUCACCCGCUCGUCGUAGAGGAGCUACAGAAGGCGCUGACGGAGGGAAAAGUCCUUCUCGUGGAGGGCAGUCUCCUCAACCUCGCCCUUUACCGAGAGUAUCUUCUACCAGAGUUCCAGCGGCGCCACGGCGCCAUUGUUGUGGCUUUUCACGUGACGUCUGACGAAGCGUCGCGUCAGUUCACGGUGGAGCGUUUUGUGUCAGCACGUCUCGCCAUGCUUCCGUCCACCCACAGGAACGAUGAUGCCGUCGCUGUGGAGUGGGUGAUGCGCCGACUGAAGGCCAUUGAGGCGGAGCAGCUCCAAACCCUUGCGAGUAGAGGUGGUGGUAUGCGGCUCUGCCGCAUCGACGAGAGGUGGGACGGCAGCUUUACACCAAACCCACAUGAUGCGUGCAGCUUCAAUGGAGAGCUUAGUGUCGACAGCAGUGCGUGUGUAUCGCCAGGUGUCGGCCCGCCGGAUAGUGCAGCUGAAGAGAUGCUGCCUGUUUAUCUCGUAACGUACUCCGUGGAGACGGCUGCAAGGCCCCAAGAGGUGAUGCAAGAGUUGCUUCUGGAAAGAAUAAGGGCUGAGCUCCACCAGCGGCAUUCGUAG